GCACUGGCCUUUCGCGAAGUCGCUGCGCUUGGAGCAGCUCGUCGAGCAGUCCGUCGAUUUCUCUAGCGUUUCCACUUCGCUCUGGCCAUGGCGGAUGGAAAUCCUCCUCCAAUGCGGUCCUUCGCCCAGGCAGCACAGACGGAGACGGAGGCCUUGCCCUUGAGGACGGUCCAGAUCGAGGGCUUGGUUGCAUUGAAAAUCGUGAAGCAUUGCAAAGAGUGCAUGCCUGCGCUUGUGACAGGUCAACUGCUUGGACUUGACAUCGGAAGCAUCCUCGAAGUCACCAAUUGCUUUCCAUUUCCGAGCCGAGGUGGGGAAGAUGAGGAUGAAUUGGAUACUGACGGGGCGAAUUAUCAAUUGGAGAUGAUGCGCUGUCUUCGAGAAGUCAACGUUGACAACAACACGGUUGGCUGGUAUCAAUCAACAUACAUGGGGUCGUUCCAAACUGUGGAGCUCAUCGAGACGUUUAUGAAUUACCAGGAGAACAUCAAAAGAUGUGUUUGCAUCAUUUAUGAUCCUCUUCGUUCCAGCCAAGGAGUGUUGGCGUUGAAAGCAUUGAAGCUAGCGGAGGGUUUCAUGGAGCUCUAUCGCACCCAAACCUUUUCUGGAGAGAAGCUGAGGGAGAAGAAUUUAACCUGGAAAGACAUUUUUGAGGAAAUUCCAGUGAAAAUUUGCAACUCUGCGCUUGUGAGUUCCAUGAUGACUGAGCUGGAACCCGACGUACAAGCUACUCAGUGCGACUUCGAUAGGCUUGUCCUAUCCACAAAUCCUUUCAUGGAAAAGAAUCUGGAAUUUUUGAUCGAGUGUAUGGACGAUCUUUCCAUGGAGCAGCAGAAGUUCCAAUAUUAUUAUCGUAACUUGUCAAGGCAGCAAGUUCAGCAACAAACCUGGUUGCAAAAGAGAAGAACUGAGAAUGCUGCCCGAAGAGCUGCUGGAGAGGAGCCUCUUCCUGAGGAAGAACCGAACAAUCCUAUCUUUAAAACUCUACCGGAACCUUCACGGCUUGACAGCUAUCUGAUAACUAAUCAGAUUUCGAAUUACUGCAGUCAAGUGAACGGGUUUGCUGCACAGAGUUUCAGUAAAUUGUAUUUAAUGGAUGCGUUCCAUGAUGAAUAGGCCAUGCACCCGUCUCUUUUCCCAGUUAAACCAUUUCGCCCUUCCAGUCUGACUUAGAUGAAUGAAAGGAAAGGUAGAGUUGAGGUUUUUGAUAUCAGAAUGAGCCUAAUGCAAUGUUAGGCGGUUUGUGGACAAACAUAUUUGAAUGCAAAAAUGGCCGCUUAGUCAACUUUACAUUCUGCAUAA